AUGGCCACCACCCCCCUCAACGCGAAAAGCAAGCUUGCUGGACCUGGCGCAUCCUUGAAAAUCACUCCUUCGAAUUCCCCAAUUCUUCGACCAGGUAUCCGAUCUCCCAGCAAAACCUCCCAUCAAUCCUCCUUGUCCCUCCAAACCGUUAUCGGCACGACCACAACAACCCCCAAUGGAUUCUCAAGCCAUGACCAGAGUAGAAGCUUUGCACUCUGUGCAGGAUCUGCAGCAGUACUCGCAGAACUAGAUGAGAAUGACAAGAUUAGUCAACGCUUCUUUCGUGCCCGCCCCUCCGCGACCAGUGUCAACCCAUCGACCUCUUUUUACAACCAAUCGACUCCCCCAGCCACCCCAGACUCAAGGGCUCGAUCCCUAUCCCACAUUCGGUCCAAUCCACACCUAAGUCUUUCCAAUGGCUCUCCAUCUAGCGAAACCGGUGACACCGGUAGCCCGCGCGGGUGGUCCUCAAGAGAAAGAAUCAAAGCCGUAACGAGUGUUUCGAUCAGCCCCAAUGGACGAUUCCUGGCGGUAGGAGAGACCGGUUACAACCCGCGAGUGUUGAUAUUCUCGACGGCAAAAGAUGCUCUGCCAGACGUUCCUCUCUCUAUUCUGAACGAACAUACAUUUGGCGUGCGCAGUUUGGCGUUCAGCCCCGAUUCACAGUAUUUGGCGACACUAGGCAAUCCGAAUGAUGGAUUCCUCUUUAUCUGGAUGAUCAAUUUGAAAAACGGAGCGGCGAAAUUACACUCUGUGAACAAGUGCACCUCGACCAUCAAGGACAUGUGCUGGGUCGGACGAAGCUUGGUCACGACUGGUGUGCGGCAUGUUAAAGUCUGGCGCCUUCCAACUAUAACGCGGCCUGUUUCUCCCACAAAGACACGGCUCAAUGUUGAUGGGGCUCCAUCGCCAAACCCUGCCCCGAAGGCACUUUCUGGCAGGAAUUGUCUAUUAGGCGCACUGGGUGACAAUGCCUUUACCUGUGUAAGCAGUAUCUCCGAUCAUGAGGCGGUAAUUGGCACCGAUUCAGGCGCAGUCUGCUUCCUUGAUGAUCGUGAGGCAUCCCAGAAGAUGAUUACAGUGAAGCAAGUCGGAUUCAGCAUCACGUCUUUGGCUGUUGACUUUGAUCAGGAGUCUAUCUGGCUAGGUGGGCGGGGCCGGCGAAUCGAGCGAGUCACUUUUGAAACCUUGCGGUCGUCUGGUUCAUCAACACCGAUGUCUCCUAUACGCUUUGACAAAAGCGUAUCUGAUAAGAAGAGCAAGGUGCCCGCUAUCACUUGCAUGGGCUCUCUCAACUCCCAUCUUGUUACAGUCGAGUCUACCCGUGAGAUCCAUGUUUAUCCAAUUCAUGCGCUACUCGAAGACGGUGAACAGGAGGAGGGUGAGGCCUCGAUGCCCGCACAUCGAGAUCCGAUUCUUGGAAUUUGUCCCAUGAAACUUCCCAACGACUUCUCGGCGGAGUUCUUCUCAUGGUCCCGUAAUGGGUUGGUCAAUUUCUGGGAUAUCCAUGGGAAAUGUCGAGGAUCGAAAACGAUCGAUCUAGAUCAAUUUUCAGGAAACGAAGACAAUCCCGCAAACGAACUCAAAGUUCUGAGGACUGCUACAAAUGCAGAUUGGUUCGUUUCUGGUGACAAAUUUGGAGUAUUGAGAUUGUUUUCGAAUUUUGACUGGACUUGCACCAACAAAGCCCGCGCCCAUGGCGGUGAGAUCACAGACGUGGCUAUCCAAGCUACGGAUGAUUCCUGGCUAGUGGCCAGCUCAGGCCGUGAUCGAAUGGUGCAACUCUUCGAGAAACGCGAGAAUGAGUUGCAGUUGAUCCAAACGAUGGACGAUCAUGUGGGGGCUGUUGGGCAGUUGAUGUUCAUAAACGAAGGCGAAAAGCUGCUUUCGUGCUCUGCAGAUCGCACCGUUCUUAUAAGAGAUCGUGCCACGCGAGAGGUAGACGAUGGAACUUGUGUCGCCUACCUCAUUACCAGAACAAUCACUCAAAAAGCCUCCCCUUUAUCGAUGACUCUCUGCCCAGAUGACUCGAACAUCUUAUAUCUUUCCACUAUGGAUCGUUGUGUCUCGAAAUUCGAUAUCCCCUCAGGCAGACAUCUUCAUUGUUUCAAGGCCUCUGAUUCAGAAACAACUGAUGCGGUUAUCUUGAGCUCUUUAACAGUGGCACCCGAGAUCCCAGGCCAGAGUCCAAAGGUUCUCAUCGGUGUGUCAAGCACCGACAAAUCUAUACGAGUAUAUGACUUGGAGCGUGAUCAGCUCCUCACUGGUGAAUUCGGACACACAGAAGGGGUGACUGAUGCGUUACUUUUGGAACAACGCGGCGACGCCGAGGAUUCUCAACCCAAACGCACUUUGAUCAGUGCUGGGAUGGACGGUAUACUGAUGAUAUGGAACCUCUCUGUCCAACAACAGAUAUCACCAGACCUCGUUCAUGGCACACGGGAUGACGACGAAGGUCCCACCAAGGAGUUGACAGCCGCCAGGCCUCCUCUCCGAAAAGUUCUCUCCCGCAGUGAGCUCGCCGGCUUCCAACGUCCAGAUAGUCCCAACCCCACAACCCCAACGCCUGUACGCGAGCACUCUCCAACCCUUUUCCGGAAGAUGUCAAGACUAUCUCUCGCACCGUCUUCUCUGAAAAAUCACACCGUCUCAGAAACAUCUUCGCCCGCAAGCCGCCUCUCCCCAACCCUAGGCACACCCACAGACAGAAACCGCCGGUCUCCAUCCCCCGUUAGUCCAAAAUCCAUCCGAGGCUCCGCUUCCCGAAAGCCGAGCAGUGCAAGGACCAACAACCGCCGUACAUCCCUUGAUUUCCGCAAUCGAGGCAAAACAACACCACGCAGCGAGUUUGGAAACCUGGAGACGCCCACCGAACAACUGUGUCGCUCUCUCCGAGCUUACCGCAAAAAGGUCAAUGGUUCCAGCCAGCGCAUCCAGUCCUCAAAAGAGCUCGAGCGCGAGCUCAGUCUCACACUCCGCAUCGUCACCGGACGCGAUCACAGUAGCGACGAGAGUGCCGAGACAGAGACAGAUAGCAGUGGGAAGGAUAUUGACACCGAACGGAAACCCAGCAGCUCGUCCACGUUGAAAUCGCCAUGUCUUCCGCGCCAUAUGCCUUCCACUCCAUCCCUACGUCCUAAAGGCGUGCGACAAGUCUCGCGCAGCCGUUCUUAUGAUGCCACUGCAGAGGAAUGA